AUGGUCUUCAACUCGGUCUGGACCCUGCUGCUGCUCGCCUACCUCUUCCUUACGCCGCUCUACUAUGCGCGCUUCUUCCACGGCGUCGUGGCGCUGGCCCUCGAAUGGAUCACCAUGAUCUUCUGGUUCGCCGGCUCCAUCGCCCUUGCCGCGUACUGGGGCUCCCCACGAUGCGACGGCAACACUUACUGCGGCUCGACCGAGGCGGCGAUUGCGUUCGGCUUCUUCAUCUGGGCUCUCUUCGCCUUCCUCGUUUUCGUCGAUACCCUGGCGUUCUUGCGCGGCCGCGGACACUCUACCGCUCAACCUAAGCCCAACGUUGUCGUAUAA